CCAAGCCGCAGGUAAUCAAUUUAUUUAAAUAUACGAACAGCGAAAUCGAGUCCCUGGAGCGAACAAGGCAACUAGCUUGCGUGUGUGUGUGUGUAUAAACAAAAUAUAAAAAAUAAGCAAAAGCAUCAAACACUUCUCCGACACCUACUCAAAAAGCUUAAGACAUUCCAAAAGUAGCCACCAAACGGCCAAAAUCGAAGCCACAGUAGGCAGCAAGCAGCACGGAGACCCACAGCGAUUAACACUUGUUUGGAAAACGCAAACGCAGGCAGUUUGAUUUCACUCUGGAUCAGCCGCAGGAGAUGGAAAUUGAUGCGCAAUCAGCGCAGCGUCCCAGCGAGAAUCAUCUUCAUCAACAACAAAACUCAUCCAGCGUCCACCACUCGGAGUCACCAAUGAAUUUCGACUAUUUGCACAGCCUUCGUUCAGGCGCGGUGCCUUCCACAUCCACAGCAGUCUCCAGCGCCAGUGACAAUGGCAGCAACAGCUCAUAUGGACUAGUCGACGACAGUAGAGCACUGGACAGAUCAAUAAAUGCUAACGAGAGAUUUGUUAACAUAUUGGAUCAGAUUGAUGCACGUGUAGAGAAGCUUCGCAAGGAUGCUCUCAAUUUACAAGAGAUGAAAGACUACCUUUUAAUGUCUAUGGAUCUGAUCAAGAGCAAUGAUAAGCUUCAGAAGAUGAGAGAGUCCGAGCGCGAGGAGAUCAUGUUGUACAUACAGCGCGUCAGCUCACGCCUGGGAACUGUUGAGCUAAAUGUGCGCACAGUGCGUGACAACUCUCAGGAGGAUUCUCUUAGUCAAAUAAAUUCUUUGAUCGACACUAUGAUAAAAAUGGGAGAUCCAGUGAUCGGCCGCCAACGUUGCCAGCUGUACUUGAACGCGUGCUGCAGUAGUGCCAUGGAUCCGUCUGGACAUCUGGACACUCUGUCCGAGGCCGAUGUCGGACCGAUCGACAAGAAAUUUGAGAGCGCUCUACUUGGUUGUACUUUGGACGACCAGAAGAACAUCAAGAAGCGAUUGCAGGCCCUAAUGGGUUACUUAAACAAGCAAACUGUUAGCCAUUAAUUUGAUUGUUUUUGACCCAUUUAAAGUACAUAGCAUUAUUAUCGAACCAAAACGAAUCACGUCACCAAAUAAAAACAAGUAAACGAAA